AUGUCCACGAUCAUUGCAAUCAUUUGCGGAGCCCUGGCGGCCCCUACUACCGAAGGCCAAGACACGCCAAAUAGCGGCCUGGGGUCUCGCGGCGUUGCCAGUGGUUGCUAUCCCUUUGCUUCCCCUCGUUGCGGUCUCUCCGAAACAUACUGCCAGUGUGCCGACGGGCGCUUCUACGAUUAUAACGGUAAAAAGGGGUGUAAUCCUCCCGGAGCUAUAAUUUCUGAGUCGGUCACUGGUAUUCCGGGAUAUACCUGCACCUAG